AUGCCAUUAUCCGAUAGUGAAUUACAAAAAUAUGUUGGACAAUAUAUAAAUUACGUCCGAAAUGAAUUAGAAAGCUUAGGUUACACCGUUCAUGCUGUUCGUACAGGUCCUUUUGCUACCGGUUUCGUACCAGGUUCAAUUCCAGGCGAAUCUAAAGGCAUACGUGCAAUUGUGACAUACAAUGGUAUUGAUGACCGAGUUACACGUAUUCAACAACGAUUAUAUUAA